GCAGGGCGGGCUGCGCUAGCGGAGCUCGAGCUCGAGCCGAGUCGGCGGCGAUUCCGCUUUAAAACCCCCCUCCAUUAAAAUAAAGGCGCUUUCCAUGAAGUAAACCCGCCGUCUUAUCCUCUGGGCCGUCUCUCCACCUCAGCAGUUGCCACUGAUUUAUAUUUAUUUCGUGCCGGUGGGUCGGAUCGGGUCGGGUGUCGAUGGCGGCGGCGGCAGCAGCAGCAGCAGCGGCGGCGGCGGCGCGGGGCAGCAACCUGAGGAAGGCGAGCGGCUUCAUCGGGCUGGUGAAGGACGCCUUCCAGCCCCAGCACCACCAACAGCAGCAGCAACAGCAACAGGCCGGCGUCGUGGACAAGCGGACCGUGGAGAAAUGCUGGAAGCUCAUGGACAAGGUGGUCAGACUAUGUCAAAAUCCCAAAGUAGGACUGAAGAACAGUCCUCCAUACAUUCUUGAUCUGCUGCCUGACACUUACCAGCAUCUACGUCUGAUCCUGAAUCGAUACGAGGGGAAAAUGGAAGCUCUUGGAGAGAAUGAAUAUUUCAGAGUCUUCAUGGAGAACCUGUUAAAAAAAACAAAGCAAACUGUAAGCCUUUUCAAGGAAGGGAAGGAGAAAAUGUAUGAGGAAACAUCACAGCCAAGACGACAUUUGACCAAGCUGUCAUUGAUAUUCAGUCACAUGUUGGCAGAGCUGAAAGCUAUAUUCCAAAAUGGCGUAUUCAUGGGAGAUACUUUCAGGAUCACAAAAGCAGAUGCGGCAGAUUUCUGGAGGAAAGCUUAUGGAGAAAAGACGAUCAUUCACUGGAAGGUUUUUCGACAGGCCUUGCAUGAUGUUCAUCCAAUCACCUCGGGUCUUGAGGCCAUGGCCUUAAAAUCUACUAUUGAUCUGACCUGUAAUGACUUCAUCUCGGUUUUUGAAUUUGACAUUUUCACCAGACUUUUUCAGCCUUGGUCAUCACUGCUCAGGAACUGGAACUCAUUAGCUGUUACUCAUCCAGGAUACAUGGCCUUCUUAACUUAUGAUGAGGUAAAAGCGAGACUCCAGAAGUUCAUCCACAAACCCGGGAGCUACAUAUUUCGGUUGAGCUGCACUAGGCUUGGCCAGUGGGCAAUUGGCUAUGUCACAGCUGAUGGCAACAUUCUCCAGACCAUUCCUCACAACAAACCCCUCUUCCAGGCACUCAUCGAUGGAUUCCGUGAAGGCUUUUACCUAUUUCCUGAUGGACGCAGUCAGAAUCCAGACCUGACUGGUUUGUGUGAACCAACGCCACAUGAUCAUAUCAAAGUGACACAGGAACAAUAUGAACUGUACUGUGAGAUGGGCUCCACCUUUCAGCUCUGUAAGAUCUGUGCAGAGAAUGACAAGGAUGUCAAAAUCGAACCAUGUGGUCACCUAAUGUGUACUUCCUGUCUUACAGCCUGGCAGGAAUCGGAAGGUCAAGGAUGUCCAUUUUGCCGUUGUGAAAUAAAAGGCACUGAACCAAUUGUUGUGGAUCCCUUUGACCCGAAAGAUGGGCCAUGUCCAAUACGACUGGGAAUGGAAGCAAUGUUAUCUCCAAAUUUUGACGAUGAAGAUGAUGACCGCAGUGAUGAAUUGUUUAUGAUGAACAAGCUGGCAAAUGCAAAGAUCGAAAGGCCUUCAUCUCCCAUUGCCCCAGCUCCUAAUUCUGCACUUCCACCCGUUCCUCCUCGUUUAGAUCUGCUACAGCAUCGAUCGCCCACUGUUUCCAGUGCUUCUAGUCCUUGUGUUUCACCUAAGGCUUCGUCGGGUUGCUUGCAUAAGCAGGACAAACCUUUACCUGUUCCUCCAUCUCAUCGAGAUCUACCACCUCCGCCACCUGAGCGACAUCCAUCUGCAAACUCAGAAUCUCGUAUGCAGAGGCGUCCCUUACCAAGCACACCAAAUGACAUCCCAGCAAGAGAUAAGCCACCUCUUGCACCACCUAACCGACCUGGAGAACCUUGGAAUUCACGACCUCAGGCAACUAAAGCAUCUGCACAGACACUUAACCUUGGAGAUAGGUGGACAGGCAGAGAGUUGUCCAACAGACACUCUUUGCCUCUACCAUUGACGUCUCUGAUAGAUACCAGGACGGAUGCAACUAGGCACAGUAGCUCGCUUGGGCUUGACAAUGUCGUGAUUUUCGGCGGGGCCAUGAGCGAUGGCUCAGAGCACGACAACUCCAAAGUGAAACCCUCUGCAUCAGCAAAUGCCAUUUACUCUCUUGCUACACGACCCCUGCCAAAGCCAUUCCCAUCAGAGGAACCUUCAGAGAGCAGUGAUGAGGAUAUUGAUUACAUGACCCCAUCUUCAUUGCCUGUGCAUGUUCCUCUCUGCGCCACCUCCUCCUUAGAUUCCAGACUUCCGCUGCAAACACAGAGCAGCCACGACGCAGAAACUUUCACUGAAUCUGAUCCAUUGAGACUGAUGUGUGAGUCGAUGUUUUCAUCGUCUCUGGCCGCAAAUGUAGAUUUGCCACACGUUGUGUCAGACAAUGGUGAUUCUGCCAUCACUGAUGGGGCUGAACGAGAUGAGAGUGAAGGUGAGGAAGAUGCAUAUGAUUUCCCCAAACCACCUGUACCACUUCCUCCAGCUCGCCGCACUCUCUCCGACAUAUCUUAUACCACUUCAGCAUUUGCCAGUGCACCUGCUGAACAGAAUCUACCUGGCCCCAAUGCACAGGCAGGAGAUUCAUCUGCGCCUGAAAGACCCCCCAAACCUUUACCUCGCAGAAUCAACUCUGAGCGCAAAUUCAGUCCUAAUCGAUCAAACAGCUGUAACAUGUUGCUGCCGCAACAGCAACAGACUCUGUCAGCUGAGAUCAACAGCCUCUUGAGCCAGGGCUACUCGUAUCAGGAUAUACAAAAGGCAUUGCUUAUUGCACAAAAUAACGUGGAAAUGGCAAAAAAUAUUCUUCGUGAGUUUGUGUCUGUUCCUUCCCCUGCACAUAUCGCGACGUAACCACCCUCAGGACACUGACUCUGGCAAGUCAGUGCUCACGGGUUAGUGUCUAAUCAGAGCUUCGGCUUGAGUGAUGCCGUGCCUCAUGUAACCCUACCACCUCAUCAAUUUGAAUAAUCAGGUCUGUGCAAUUACUGAUACACUGAAGGACGGUAGCUCCCUGCGUUGUUUCCAUUCCAACUGUGGGCUUUUUUAAAAAAAAAGUUUAUAUUUGAAAGUAUCAUAAGAUACUUGACCUUGACAAAGUUACAUUCUUAAGGGCAGUGAUCAUUUAGCAAGAAGUGUUACAAUCCAUUACAAUAUGAUUUCAAUUGGUUUAUUCUUGUCUGAUUAUAAUAAAUAAUUUGAAUAUAAUGUGAAUUCCCUUAAAUUCUACAAGCAAAUGCACAUCAUGCAUGAAUGUCACUACUUUCCCACAAACUGUAGCACAAAGUUGAAGUAUGGAAUGUAUGAUAUUGAAAGACUUAUUCUAUGCUGUAACAAGCCCUUCUCUACAUGUGCACGCUUUGUGUAAAUUAAGUUUAAAGUACUAUAAUAGUUGGGAUUCAGAGUCAUGGUACCAGAGUAAUGAGCUUUAACAUGGGCACCUACUUGCUGUUGCUGGUAAAUGCCUGCUGCUGAGAUGUGCAAUUAUUGUUGUGGACCUAGGUUAGCACUUGUAUCAGCCUGCCAUUCAGAAAAAAAGGGGUCUAUUUUUGUACAAACAUGUCGUUUGCACAAAACAAAAUUUAAUUAGCAAAUUGUUUUUAUGCAGUAACGUGAAUAUGAUAAUUGAAUUCCAAAUCAUAUAGGUUCAAAAAAAGGAAAAUCAUAGCCAAUGGUGCAAAGUCCUGCAGCAGCUAGUUACAUCAGUAGUGGCAAGAAGGCUGCCCCUGUGCACCUUGUGAGUUGUAUAUUCCCUUUUUGAAAUACUUGUGCAUAAAAUGUGACUUGAAUGUAAAAGUUAAAAAUUGAAGAUGCAAUUUGCUGCAAAGUGACCACUCCACUGGGUAGAUUUUAGGGCAGUUUCUUUUAUGUACCGCUAACCCUUGAAUCAUUCCUGGUUUCAACAAUAGUUGGGUUAUAGCUAAAGAUAUCACAGUGCAUUCAAUGACAGGUACAUGAGGAAAGUCAGGAUUGAAAAAUUGCAGCUUGACCCUUAAUGUUUUUCUUGUACAUUAAUCAUGCCCUUAUAACAUGACAUAUUGGACUUGCAAACCAUAUAUCCUGGCAAUACUCAACAGGUAAGGCAGCAUCAAUGAAGAGAGGAGCAGAGUUUUAUGUAGGGAAGCUCUUAUCGUAGGUUUGUUUUGACAAAACAUAAUCUAUAUUUUGCCCAUGAGAAUUUUCUUUCUUUCUCCAUAGAUGUUGCCUGAUCGGCUGAGUAUUUCCAGGAUUUUUUUUUAAUUAUUUUUAUUUCACAUUUCCAGCAUCUAAGUUUUUAUUUUGGGCACAUUCAGUUUCCAAUAAAAAAAUAAAUACUUGUACCUCUGCUCUUAGGAAAUUAGUUAAUGUUUUUGCACUGAAUUGUGAUUUGAACUGAUUUUUUUUUUAAAAACACAUUGAAAGUGUCUUAUGUUGGAUGAAAAAUUGUCUACAUUAAGAUUGCACAGGAGCGGCAAUGGUUACAGUGGAUCUGUAACCUAUCAUAGUACAAUAGACCAAGUUUAUAAGAUGUCAGUAUCGUUUGAGAGGAAAGUGAAACAUUUGAAGACAAAACGUGAUAAAUUGGAUUAAGAGCAGUUCAUUUAAUUUCUAUUUGUUCUAUUAGUCUAUUUGUUGCUGUUCUGUGCGAGUUGAUUUGGGUAAUAUUGAGUCCAAUGUGCAGUUCUGUACUUCCCGAUAACUAGAUUUUGCUCAAAUGUCGGAGGCCAACUUUGUCUGGUAUACUUUUAGCAUUAUUUUUGAUCAAAUAUAAAGAUGGUGAAAAAAUGUGCUUUUAUUUCAAAACCUAUGUAAUGCUAUGUAAUGACAGUUCUGGUGUACGUGACAUUUCUUACCAUAUAAUAUUAGUUUGAGGUAAUGAUGGAUGCAAUUUCACCCUACUCUUGUGCUCAACAAAUGAGGUAUAAUUUGGCCUGAUGUAUCGAGAAGUUGUCGUGAAAUUGUGAUAAAUUUUACAGCAGUAGUAAAUAAUUGCGUGAAAAAGGGCAUGUCAUAAUUUAAGGUCUUGAAUGCUCUUGUUCCCUCAUCUUCCAAGCCUGGAGUAGUGUAAAUUAAUAAGAAUAGAUUCCUGGUAUACCAUGUUCAAGCAAAUUCACAGAGGUUCAGAUGAAAGAUUAUCAAAUGUUAACUCUUUUCCCUUGCCAUAGAUGCUGCCUGACCUGUUGGCUAAUCCAGAAUUUUGUUUUUAGUUUUAGAUUUCCAGAAUCUGCAGUUUUUUUUAAUUUAAAAGAUCGCUGCUAUGAAGUAGCAUAGGUUAACUGCUGGAAACGCUAAUGAUCUUGGGUUGUCCCCUUCACUUCUGACCCAUCUCCACCCCCCCACAUGCUCUCCUCCUACGCCAGCUCUGUGAGCAUGUGGGAUUUAUACCCAACUGUUUUUGCAAAAUAGUGGGUCAUCUGGUCAUUUACUUCAUGCGAUAGCUUGCAGGAUAGCACUUUCAUACUUUACACACAAAUCUCUUUAGUAUCUUUCAUACAUUCAUUUGAGAAAGGAGUAAUCUGCUGUGAUCAACAUUUCCAAUGCAUGGUGUGUUUCUGGUAAAUUGUGCAUCCCAUUCGGAUAUCUCUAAUGGAAAGGCAAGGUUGCAGUUUCAGGAAUUCCAUGAGUUCUCAGUGGUUUUCAACAUAUUUAAUUUUUAUUGUAUCUAUUGAGGAUCAUUUAACAGUAGCAUAGAAUAUUCUGAUCUUCUGCUCAUACGAUUAUGUCAAUGCUUUGGAAGAUUGAUCCUAUCAAUUCCACUCGUCUGUUUUCCCACAUAUUGUUUUAGUUAUUUAUUUAAAUCAAUUUUUAAUAUUACCUUUAAACCUGUUUCAACCACCCACUAUGGCAGUGUACAUGUAGUUCCUCUAGACUGCGUUAUUGCAUUUUGCAAAUUGGAUAUAAUGUGAUUGAUGAAUUGGGGAACACUAUCUGUUUUAAACAGGCUGAAUGGGUUAUUACACCUUUCAGUUGAGAACUAGAGAACCACAUAAAAGUUACUCAAGCAGAAUUUUUUUUAUCUUGCAAAAAAAUAUAGUUGGGAAAAGAACAACCACCCAGCAGUAAUCACACCAUUGUCUAAUAAGAACACAGUCUCUCACUUUUACCACGGGUGACAAUUGACAUUUAUAACUAAUCGCUUCCAUUGAUACUUGUACAUUGAUUAAAUUAUGUAACAUACAGCCUUUAGUAUUCUUAGCUUGCAGCAACAAAAAUAAACUUGUAACUUUCAAAAGAUUUUGUUUCAAAAUCAUGCAGGAAAAACAACUUUGUUAGUGCUAGUCUGCAACGCUCUAGCCCUAUCCACCUUUUCUCCAUUGACAUAAAUGUUUUUAUAAUGAGGUUUUCUAUAAUGUAAGUUUUCUUAGGAAUGCAACUACUGCCUUGUGGCAGAACUACCUGAAUUUCAAAUUGUAGCAGAUGGUGUUUGUUUAAAAAAAGAGCAUUGUUACAUUGUCGGAAGAAGGGUAUUGACCUGAAACGUCACCUAUUCCUUCGCUCCAUAGAUGCCGCCUCACCCGCUGAGUUUCUCCAGCACUUUUAUCUACCUUGAAUUUUUCCAGCAUCUGCAGUUCCUUCUUAAACUUUGUUACAUUAUCUGGUUCUUUGUCAGUCACCUUAAAACAAACUCCUCUGUUAGGAAUGUCUGUUUCUUCCUUUGUUCCUUCAAGGAUACUGAUUACCUUGAGCAACUGUUACCAGAUCUGGAACCAACCUUAACCAGAUUUUUCCAAGUACCUUUACAUACCUGAAGUUACUGGGCUCAGACAUUCUAGUAAAGCUGUGCUUCCUAUCCAAGGCCCCCACCUUGUUGAAAGUUUGGGGUUCAGAUUUGAACUUGUACUGGGUUUGUUGUGUAGUUUUGGCAUAAAUUUCAUCCAUAACUUGUUUUUUAUUGCUCUAUUAACAAAAUGUCAAGGCCCCUUCUAAUUUUUAUUUAAAACAGAUACUUUAGCUUGCCCUGCCUUCUCCAAUCUGCAGUUACAGAUAGCCAAGUGUGGGGAUACUUGAGCCAUCAUUAUUAGCUCCACACAAGCCUUCAUCUCAUCAUAUUCCAUACUGUGCAUCCCUAAAUAAGACCUUCAGACCAGUCUGAAGAAGGGUCCUGACCUGAAAUGUCACCUAUCCAUAUUACCCAGAGAAGCUGCCUGACCCAUUGAGUCAUUCCAGCAAUUUGUGUCCUUUUUUUAUACCUAUAUAUUUUUCUGAACAAGUUCACACAUGCAUAGACAAAUGUUUUCUCUAUUGAUACAGAUAUCAUUGACAUUAUCUGAAAUAAAUCUUAUUGAUCUAUUCCCUUUGAGAUCUCUGAUCUCUGAGUCCCAGUUUUGAAUUUUUAUCCUAUUGACAAUGAAUUUCUUGAUCCAUAAUAGUUGCCAGGAUGGUACUAUAGAUACUUGAACGAUUUUAAUUUGGAAGCAGUAAAACCUUCUGGGAUCUGUUUCAUUGCAUGCACACUAUUUUCAGUGAAACAGCAAAUUCUAUACCCUGAAAUAUAUUUUUUAGGUGCUAUGGCACAGGAAAAGGUGAUUGAGAUAUUCUGGACCAUGCUUGCUCCCAACAGAGCAAUCCCUUUCCUCUUUAUUUCCCUAUGGACUUGCAACUUGUUCUCUUCAACAUGUCAAUCCCGCUCCCUUUUGAAUCCUGUUGGCACUUGCGUACUGUAGCCAAUUGAUCUACCACCACUUGUUUGCGGGAGGAAGUCAUAACAUUUGGCAAAAACCCACACAGUCACUGGGAGAGCAUAGAAACUGCAAAGCUAUAAAUCCCUCCAUUACAAUUCUGGUGUAAUAGUCUAGUAGAGUGAUAUCCUAGUGUGACCUUGACCUAGAACUAUAUAGCACUGGAACAAGCCCUUCAGCCCCUGUUGUCUGUGCUGACCAUGAUACAAAUUGUGAUUAGUCCCAUCUUCCUGCACAUGGUUUACACCCCUCCAUUCCUGUACAUGUGCCCAAGUGCCUGUUCACGUGCUUGUCAAAAUGCUUCUUAAACAUUCCUAUCAUAUCUGUUACUACUUCCCUUGGCAGCACAUUCCAGGCACCUACCACUCUCUGUGUCAAAAAAGGCUUGCACGUAAAUCUCCCUCUCACAUUUAAUCCAAGGCCUCUAGUAUGUGACAUAUACAUCCUUGAAAAAAGACUAUCUACAAUAUCUAUGCCUAUCAUAAUUAGACAUACUUGUCAGGUCAACCCCAACCUCCAAAGAUUUAGGUAGAAAACAAACCAAGUUAAGCCAACCUCUCCUUACAUCUAAUACUCACUAAUCCAAGCAACAUCCCGGUGAAUCUUCCUCUCGCAAAUCUCAGCUGCCCUGCUAUUACCAGUCUCCCAAAACCUUAAAAUCCCCACUCAAACGAUCAAAGCUAUCUUUAGGCUGACCCUCCAAAAUGUUAAAUUGACAAAACGAGAUUUUUAAUAACCCUGUCUGUACUGUGGUCAGCAAUAUUGGUCUUGUUGUCACUACUAACAGCUCUCCUAUCACUAUCACUAAUGGAAAGACUAAGCGUACAAUGAAACUAUAUAUACUUCUAACAGAAUAAUAAUUCUAAAUGAUUAACCUUAUCUUUCACUUCAUUUGCAAGGUUGAAGAUAUUCUUGCGGGGAAUAACUUGUUUUCACUUGGGAGUUACAAUGUGUCUAAUUUGCUGCCGUAAUGUUUUCAAAACUUUGAAGAGUAAUAUUCAUCUUGUUGAAUGCAGACAGUUAUGUUUAUACUUGGGAAUGGAAAGUUGGCUAUGAUUCACUUAUCUAUUUCCUGAACAAAACUUGUGGUCUCAAUAUUGUGAUGUCAGGUAGGACUGAACACUGGAUGAAUGUGUCUGUGUGAUCAUACUGAUGAAAUGGGUAGUAUAAGAAAAAUGUACUUUUGUUAUGUCCUGGUCAUCUCGUAAUUUUUAACCCAGUUCAUCUUUCUAGAUACAUAGUUGGUAGUAGUUUCCAGUUGAAGAUUGCCAUGUAUGUUGCAUAUUUUAAUGGGCAGCUUGUGACUCCUAAGAAUACCAGGUAUAUCUUACUGAAGGAGUUGCUGGUAUAUUGAGCUACAGAUAGGAAAUGACGGUGGUUAAAUCAGUGGUUUUGCUAUUAUAAAUCUGAAUAUGUAACUGUAAGUAGACAAAAAUGCUGGAGAAACUCAGCGGGUGAGGCAGCAUCUAUGGAGCGAAAGAAAUAGGCAACGUUUUGGGUCGAGACCCUUCUUCAGACUGAUUAGUCUGAAGAGGGGUCUUGACCCGAAAUGUUGCCUAUUUCCUUCGCUCCAUAGAUGCUGCCUCACCCGCUGAGUUUCUCCAGCAUUUUUGUCUACCUUCGAUUUUCCAGCAUCUGCAGUUCCUUCUUAAACAUGUAACUGUAAUUUGUGACUCAUAGCUUGUUAAUGUUGGUUGCACCAUUUUACAUUAGUUUAACGUAUUCUGUUAAUGUCAUUUAUAAUUAUUGGUAAAUAUCUAGAAUUAAUAUUCGGACCUCAUUCACCUGAAAAAUUGUUUAAAAAACCGUGAAUGUUGUACUUGUGUGGCUGUAAUUAAAUAACAUGCAAAAAUAAUUUUAAUUAAAUUAUUAACCAAAGUGAUACUGUUUUGGUUUGCCAGGUUGUGUGCAACUUAUGAGAUAAAUAAUAGCCUUCAGAACAUUGUGCCAAAUAUUUUCAGGAAGAUUAGCAGGAGAGUGAUGUGCAAUCUUUGAUUCACUUUCCCCAAAAAGGAAGGUUUGAGGUGCAAACAAGGCUUGUGUCUUUGUUAUAUUCUAUUUUGAAAUUAAUUUCAAGACUUCAAAAUGGUUGCCAUGCUUUUAAUUUAAUGAUAUGUUGUUUAAAAAUCUUAAUAUUCUCCCCCUCAGUUAUGCUUGGAACCUAUCCUGCCAUUGAAUUUUCUUUUUGGAAUAUUGAAAGUUGUGUGGCAUUCCGGUGAUUUUUAUUACUUUUUUUCCACCACACAAAUUCUUCAGGCAAUACUUCACCUUGUGGCCACAUGAGGUGAUAAAUGGGAGUACGCUAAGCCCUAAAAAGGAUAGUUAAUUUGACAUUGAGGCAGAAACCUGAUCACGACAUGACACUGAGCAGUUGAGGAUGGAGCACAUUGCAUUGUUCCACUGACCUAUGGAAUGGGUCCAUCCCUUAACACAUUCAGGGAGGUGGGACAGUAUUAUCAGUGCAUUAGUGAUGAUUUUAUUUUCAACAUGAAUAGGAAUCUGGGCAGUCUGAAGAAGCGUUCCAGCCCGUAACAUUACCCAUCCUUUUUUUUUCUCCUGACCUGCUGAGUUACUCCAGCACUUUGUGUCUAUCUUAGGAAUCUGGGUGAGCAAUUUCUGUUUAAUGUUGCUCCAUCUAUUUAGAAAUUCAGUCAAGUGGGGCACAAGGUAACCCAAGCCAGAGAUUAAACAUACCAAUUCAUUGGAGCUUUCGCCGGCCACAAAGAGUGUCAAGAAAAAUGUUGUCUUUUGUGGUUUGGUGUGCAUUGUAUGCUGGAGCUUAUUUAAAUUAAUAUUCGUUGCAUGUUCAAUAAAUAUUUGUUCUUGAAAAUAUGUUUUUAAUAAUUAACUAAAUAAAUAUGAAAAUUUAAUAUUUAAAAUAAUUGUGUUAGUGACAGAUUUAACCAGCGGAAUUGUUUAUACAUUUUUGUGGGAAAGCAAACAACAAUCCAUCCACAGAUAAUAUUGCAUCAUAAGGCUAGUGAUCGGCCAUGAGGAUUGAGAUAUGGCGCACUAACUCAAACACGGGGUUUAUGCAAUAUGGUCACACAAAGGCCUAUCAGUCUCUUGGUUCCAUUUACUAAACCUAAUCUGUGAGCCAUGAUGUCUGGCAACUUUUGAAGAACGUUUUUUUUUUAAAAUACAAGAUUAAUCAUGUUGUCUUAAAGUUGUGCAUUAUUGUUAAAUAUAGAUUUGACUAUCAUAUUCUGAAUUUAAAAUCCACAAAAAUCAAUUCCUGAAAUGUUAGGCACAUUGCAUUUGUAAUUCUUUGUAAUUUGGGAGGGAUUUUGCAUUUGAAGCUACCAAUGCAGACCUCGGUGUUUGAGAGAUGAAAGUAAUUUAAUGAUAUCCGUAGCAUGUUGUGAAAGGUGUCACUGUCUCCCUUUGUUGUCACACAGCUGCCCGCAGGCUGCAGAUUUCUGAAUGGAAUAUAAGCUUUAGUUCAGUUUGUAUUGUUUUAUGCAGUUCAAAAUGUAGACUUGAUUCACUCACCAGGUUUACAAACUCAACAUCUGUUUUCACAACCUCUUAUUAUGAGAUUGUGUUGAAAUUAAGGCUUGAGAUUUCUUGAAAGUUAAUGAUUCUUGGUCCUACAUUGAUUGGCAGGCGUUCAGCUAAUAUUGCAUUAUAUUUUCAGAUCGGGGUCAUUUUUGCAAUAUAAACAAUUAAAAAAAAAACGAUUGAAACCCUUUUUCCGUCUAAAUCUCUUGAGUUUGCAGUGGCAACAUGCAUCCUAUAUUUUAUCCACCCUGCUUUUAUAGUUUUGCCUUUGCCUAUCCUCGUGCACUCUUCUGUAAAAAUAGGGUUAGAUUUUGACUAAGGGAACAUGUUUAUUUGUACGCUGUUUAUUAUUUUUCUGUAACAUCUGAUAUUUAGUUCUUUCCUCAGGAUUUCAGACAGAGUUACAUUUAAUCAGUGCAAUGUCUGAUGGUUCCAAUCUUUGGCAGACUUCCUAAGCAACAAAGAGGGUCAUUGUGUCUAUGAUGGAUGUAAUACAGAAAUGAUUCAGAGUAUCAGGGCAUAUGAUUCAGAUUAUUUAUGUCAAGCUUUCUAAUCCAUUUAAAAUCAUUCAUUAAAAUAAGGAACAUUCUGUCCACAGGAAUGGCACUGAAUUACAUGCGACUUUUGAUAGGUUUUGAUUCACAGUGAUAGUGCAAAGAUUUUUGGGCUCACUAUUGAUGUCCGUGGAUGUCUCCAGUGCAGAAGCACAUUGCAGAGAUAUGCUCUUAGGAAGCAAAAAAGGCAUGGAUAAUAUAGCACCUUGUAUGUCUAACAGAUGUCUAUACUUCAUUUGAUGUUUUACUUUUGCUUUUACUGACUGUUAAGUAGGUAAAUACAAAGUAUUUCUGUACAUUGUGGAUGGCUCGAUUGUAAUGUAUUGUCUUUCUGCUGACUGGUUAGGAUGCAUCACUGUACCUUGGUACACAUGACAAUAAACUAAACUCAAAUUCAUUUCAGUUUAGAUUAUUGUCACACGUACUGAGGUACAGUGAAAAACUCAAGGGUUUUGCACACAAUAAUCCACAAAUUGCAGUGAAAUGAAUGGCCAUUUGCUGUGGUUAUCGUUGAGGAAGAAAUUGGGAAAAGGGAUCAAAUCUUUGUUUCUUGAGGGGGUGGAGUGAGAUUAUUAACAUCCAUCUUAGUGAGCAAACUGGUUUUAUUUCAUUGGGGCCGUGACUACCGAGAAUGCAACAGGUCCUCAGUUCUGUAUUGGAGCUUCAUCUUUGUGUAUGACCUCUGGCCACUUGUACAGGACGAACAUGCAUAACUAGCUCGAAGAUGAACAUUCUACCGACAGCCCAAUCGAUCAAAUAGUUGAACUUCACAACAGAUUGACUAUUUUUUAGUGAUAAAUAACAUCAAAUCUUCCACUGGGGAACUCUUGUAAUGAAUGAAUGAUUCUACACAACUUAUAAGAAGAGAAUAAUUCCUUCUAAGAAUUAUUGAACUGAGAUCCACAAAGAUAAAUGGAGAAAUGGGGGGGCUCAGGUUUAAAUUUAUUUGUAGCAUUACUGUUUCCUCCAAAUUGAACAUGGGACUGUGCUUUGUAUGAGAUGCGAUGACCCGAAUAAUUGGGAGACUUUGCAAAUUGAGUAUCACUUUUUUUUUGUAUGCCCCAGUUUAAUUUUGCCAUAGUGUGAGAUCUGAUAUUGCCUGCUGUAGUCUUCUAGCUUGGUAUUGAAGACAAAUGUAGGAGACAAAUGCUGUGGAGACAGCAUAACCACACAUAACUUUAGCAAGGAGCUACCCAAAGCUAACAUGUUUCUGAAUGGCUCUCAAUAUUAACCCAUUUUGAGUACUCAACAACUUUCCAAAUAUGCACUUGCUUUGCCUCAUAGCCUCUGAGAAAAAAAAUGUAAAUUUCGUAUGUUCAAUGUUAUAAAUGUAGAAAUGUACAGAACUGAAGGACGUUUAAGUCAUGGUAUUUUUCUUAAAUACUGUAACCUUAAGAUUUUAAUUUUGGUGAAAAUGCUACUGUGAGAGAUGACUCCAACACUUUUGAUAUGUUGGAAGUUGAGUCUCACCAUUAAGGCCACACUGGUCAGUUUCAGUGUCUGUUUCGAGCAAUGUGUUCGUCUCCUGAGAUUUUUUUAAUUCUGCACUGAUGUAGAACGAUCUUUCACUUUGUUCAGGGUUUUUGUGCUUGCAAUAUGUAAUUUUUUUAAACUCCUAACCUCAUUGCAGAUUUGGAAAGUUUUGUGCAAUUAAUUUAUAUUCAUUUAAGUGCUCUCUGACUGUUGGUAAGUGUUUAAAAAAAAUGAUAAAUGGAAAGUGCUAUUGUGAAAAAUUGUAUUAAAUAUGUA